CUCUCUCCGCCACUCCACCUCCUGUUGUCUCCUCGCGCCUUCAGUGCUCCCAGCUCCCUCCGAACGCACAUUGCGUUCGCAAAAUAAAUCCCAUUCACCAAUUCCUCGGGUGAAAUGCGCUCAUUUCCAACAGAAUAAAUCCCAAAAACACCAACAAUCAACAGUAAAACCAUCCCCAGUGCAAUAACAAAUAAAUAAAUUAACAAAACCUGUAACAUGUGCCCGAAGUGUGAUAUCUGGAGCCACGUAAACGCUUAUCUCAGAUCGUACCGUAUUUUUACGAAUGGCUACCGUUAAUUAUAAUAAAACGAGUUGAUCAGCGAGUGCAUUGAUGAUCCGGGGAGUAGCGAGUCAUCAGGAAUGAGUGGCAAACCGAUGGCCCUUGCUAACCGCCAAGUCUCCUAGCACGAAAAAUCGUCGUACCAGAGGAUAAAAAGGAGUGAAUUAAAUUCGGAAGUUGAAUAAUUGACUGGUGGAAUGAUAAUUGUGGGGUCAUUGUCGUGUGGAUCAAUCACUCGUGGGGGAUUUGUAUUGCUCGGUGAUGAGAUGAGGAUUUCUUGAGGGAGAGGAAAAAUUAAUACUGCACAGGUGUGAGAAAUUCUUUGGGCUCCAGUGAAUUUUGCAAAUUUCGGGGCUGGGGAGGGGAUAGACGCCGAGACACGUUGGGAUGCCGUCGACCUGAGGAAUUUAGAUAUUGAAGAAGGGGAAGGUUUGGGACUGGAGGGUUUUGAGGGGUCUUUUGGGGGAUCGAGGGGCGACAUGAGUGCCAGCAGGGGGCAGGGAACUGGGGGGAGCUGCGAGACUCUCGUCAGCAAGUGCGAGAUACCCAUCAUCGAUCUUGCACACAUGGGGACCGAAAGAUGUCCUCAGAAGGGAGUAGUAAAGCAAGUGGCUGCAAAAUUGGUGAAGGCCCUAUCUGAAAAAGGACUUGCACUGCUCGUGAAUCAUGGAAUACCAGACUGCAAGAUGAAGGCUGUGUACAGAUCUUUGGACAGAUUUUGUGAAUUACCAAAGGAGUCGCGUGAGAAGUAUGAGUUUAUAUCGCCCUGCAGUCACGGAUAUAAAAAACCAGAAACUGAUCAAUACAGCGUGACUGAAAAAGAGGCGAGACACGAAUACAUCAUCAGUGGUGGUGACAAUAACGUUAUGCCAGACGACGAUGUCCCCGAUUUUCGAUCGGCCGUUGACGAGCUCGCCAGGGACAUGAAACAGCUCUCGACAAUGUUACUCACCGCUCUCGCAUUUGGCUUGGAGCAGCCUGGAGACUUUUUCCUGAGUAAACACUCGCAUAUUUUGGAGGAUGGAAAUGAUUCCACCAUGAGAAUCAUUUAUUAUCCACCCUCGGCUGUAUCGGAGUCAGGGACAAUGCGUUAUGGACCUAGAUGUGACUGUGGAACUUUCACACUGAUUGCUCAGGAUUGCGAGGGUGGCCUCGAGAUUCAGUCUCCCAACGGCGAGAGAUGGGGCAGAGUGGGUCACUUACCCGGCGCAAUUUUCGUGACCACUGGAGACAGCCUAGCCAGUUGGACGAAGCAGCAGUUACCCUCCCUGAAGCAUCGCGUAGUGGUGCCAGAGCAUUGUGGCCGUGGUCGUCACUCCAUAGGGUUCUUCGUUCACCCCGACGAUAACGUUAUCAUCGAGCCAUGCGACACGCAGAUAUCAAUUCCAUCCCAAGAACCAGCCAUUUGUCGUUUGGUGAAGAAAAAACGAGGUGUUCUCACAGCAUAUCAUCACCUCCAGCGUCGCUUUCGUGAAACUUAUGCCUCUUGAAGUUUUAUCCAAGUAUUACGGGGCACAAUGGGUGGCCUUAUGAGUGGCCAUUUUCUUAUGGUAAUAGUAAAGAGAUUUUUUUUUUCCAAGUAAAGGGAGAAAAAUUCACUCGAGUGAAUUGUUUUUGUGAUCACUGAAGAAGAGAAGUAUGACUAAUUCCCAGGAGCGUGGGGAUUUAUUGAUUGAUUUUUAGUUAUUUCGGGGGGAGGAACUUAUGCAUCUGAUGGUAGAUCUUGGUCAAUUGUAAUAAAAGGGUUAUAAUUGAUUUUAAAUUGAUAAUUAAGGGAGGGAGAACGUGGAAAAGGCGUGGGAAGUUUUUCGGGGAUAAUUCUUGAAUUAUUGAACAAAGAUAAUUGAGUUAUUAACGAAAAAUUUGUUGAAUCUAUUUCAAAGAAAAUUUUUCUGCUAAUCGCGUAAUUAUCUCGUUGAUAAUUAACGAAUUACUCCCCACGAAAUCUUUCGACUUAAUAAAAACGAGUUGACAAUAAUUAUCAUUAAUGAGUGAUUGAAUUUUGAUAGAGCGAAAUGUCCUCGGUCUAUUUUCUUAAUAAGACGUGACUUACAUGUACGAAACGACAUGAGCCCUCAGUGGAAUAAUAAAUCAAUUUGUACUUAACUUAAAA